AUGAGCUCUGCAGAGGGGGCGGAGGACCCGGCCGGGGACGCCGACAUCGCCGCGUUUUUCCGAUCUGAUGCGAACACAUACACCAAUGCAGAUAAACUUCUGGAAGCUGCAGAGCAAUUGGCUCAAACAGGGGAGUGUGACCCUGAAGAGAUUUAUCAGGCAGCCCAUCAACUGGAAGAUCGGAUCCAGGACUUUGUAAGAAGAGUGGAGCAGCGGAAGAUCCUACUGGAUAUGUCGGUCUCUUUUCACACCCAUGUCAAGGAGCUCUGGACAUGGCUGGAGGAUUUACAGAAGGAACUUUUGGAUGAUGUGUAUGCUGAAUCUGUGGAGGCAGUGCAGGAUUUGAUCAAACGCUUUGGGCAGCAGCAACAGACCACUCUUCAAGUUACAGUGAAUGUCAUCAAAGAAGGGGAGGAUUUAAUCCAACAAUUGAGGGAUUCUGCCAUUUCAAGCAACAAGACUCCACACAACAGCUCCAUUAAUCAUAUAGAAAGUGUUCUUCAGCAGCUGGAUGAAGCUCAGGCUCAAAUGGAAGAUCUUUUUCAGGAGCGCAAGAUCAAACUGGACCUCUUCCUUCAACUCCGAGUAUUUGAACGGGAUGCAAUAGAUAAAUAAAAGUUCAAUACAGCAGACCAUGCUGGCAUCUAGCUUCCUGUCCACACUGGGUCUUGACUCCACACUGCGGCAGCAACAUGCCACACCGGGAGGCUGCUGCAGGAGGCCAGAAGGCUGCCAUGCCAUGUUGGAAGGCCGCUGCGCUAGGCCGGGAGGUCUAUACGGGAGGAGACUGCUGCAGGAGCCUGGAAGUUCCCAAAACUGCAAGGCCCCGAUGGGAGCAGACCGCUGCACAGGUCGAGAGGUGGUUGCUCCAGAUCAGAGGUCGCCGUGCCAAUGCUGGGAGGCCAGGACGGUGCCAUGACAUAGUGGGAGGUUGUUGCGCCAGGUCGGGAUCAUUGCCAGAGGCCGGGAGUCAAAGGGAAAACGAGGGGGAUUAAAAAAAAAGAAAAGGAAGAAGAACAAGCGGAGCAACUGACCUCUAGCUGGAGCGCCCUACUCCGCUGCGAUCUUCUCCGAAUUGUGAUGAUAUCAACUAGUGUGAUGAUAUGUCACUGUAGUUGUACAAUGAAAUGUUG